CCAACGCAGUGAGGAGGAGCACUUAGUUCCGAUCCAAGUUCGUUCACAAGCCAUAUAGCAAACAUGAAGUUAGUUUUAUUGAUUGGGUUGGUCGGCCUAGUUGGUUUCGGUGCCGAAGCUAGCGUCGUACCACCCAGUGGCAGAAUUAACGAGGAUGUAGUGCGUUGGUUCAUUGGUUGCGCCAACAAGUCUAUGAUUGACGGUCUUCCGGAUAUCGGCGUCCCGCAACACAACCCUCUCCACUUGAGGAACCUCUCGUUUCCUCUCGACCUAGGACUCGUUCAAUUCGAAAACAACUUAACCAAUGUAAUCUGGUACAAUCUGCCCUUUUUGGAUAUCGAACAAUUGACAGGAGUCACCGGCGGUACCGCUGACACCGAAUUCUGGGCGUACUUUGACUGGGGCUUUUACUGGCGUAACUUUACCAUCACUGGCGAGUUCGACUGGUCGGUCACCGUACCGUUGGUCGGACCCCAAACAGGAAGAGCUACAUUCGUAUUAACCAUGGAACACGUUCACUGGUCCGGUAAAUGGAACAGUACCAUUCCCGACGAUUCCCACAAACCGUUCCUCAACGAUUUCAGCUUUAACUCCGAGGUCGAGAGUACGUCGGUUGUUGUAGAUGGCACGCCAUUCGACUCCCUGUUCGCUUUAACCGCUCAAGGAUUGUCUCACACCUUCUGGAACCACGUACCAGCCUCGGCCGGUCAGCUUCUAAAGGAUGCUCGUUUCAAUGGUUUCUGGAACGACCCGGACCAUCCAGAGAGAAUUCAAGCAAUCAUUGAUCAUUGUAACGCUUAAAUCGUGUAAAAAUGUUGAUACAAUUUAUUAAACUGUUGCUUAUUUAGUUACAA